AUGACGAUUCCUCCAGUUCUGAAGGAUGGAGUUGCGAAGUGGAAAUUUGUGAUUCAAAGAAGGGUGGUUGUGGAAAGGGAGUUGGGAAAAGAUGUUGUUGAUGUCAAGGAGGCCAUGGACCUGAUAAAAGUUGUUGGGUUGUUGAAGAUUGUUGUUGGGUUCUCUCAAUGCUAUGAAGGUUUAGUGAAGGAAUUUAUUAUUAACAUUCCUGAGGAUAUUUUUGAUAAGAAUAGCAAGGAAUUCUGCAAGGUGUAUGUGAGGGGAAGAGAUAAUGAGGGUGCUGGAGAACUAGAAGUUCCAGACAAUCAGGUCUGUAGGGAGAUCACAGCUAGGCAGGUGAAUGUUUGGCCUGUUAAAAAGCAUCUUUCUGUUGGGAAGUUGACUAUCAAGUAUGCUAUCUUGCACAAAAUACGAGCUGCUAAUUGGGUCCCUACCAACCAUAUCUCCACCAUUGCUAAUACCCUUGGAAGGUUUAUUUUUGUUGUUGGAACAAAAGUAAAAUUUGACUAUGUUAAGAUGCCUAUUGCCUUUCUCUCUAUGAUCUCUGGAAUUAUCUUGACUGAACACCCUGGUAUUCUGUGCUCUAAUGACUUACCUAGUAGAAGAAAACCUGCUCUAUUUGUGCACUAUAAACUAUUUGAAGGGAUAAGGAUAGCCACAGCUAGAAAACAAUCGUUGGAAGCCUUGAUUGCAAGCUUGGAACAGGCUGAAGGUGAAAAUAUUGAUCAUGCUAAUGUCAGUCAUGAAGAAAAAGCUGGAGCCCACACCUCUAGUGAGAGGUCUGCUAACCAUGAUGAUACAUGUGGCAAUUCUGAUUCUGGUGCUGAUGAAACUGCAAGUUCUAGCUCUACUGAGUAG